AUGGCUCCACCUCAAACAAUGCCGAUUGCCAUAAUUGGAAUGAGUUGCAAAUUCCCCGGGGAUGUAACUACACCGGAGAAGCUGUGGCAGGUGUGUGCCAAUGGCCGCAAUACUUGGUCGCAGAUAAAGGAAGACCGCUUCAACUUGCACGGAUAUUAUCACCCACAGGGAGACAAAUUAGGCAACCAAUGCAACGGGGGUCACUUUCUGGACGAAGAUGUAUCUCUUUUUGAUGCUUCGUUCUUCAACUUUACCGCUGAAGUGGCCAACGCCAUGGAUCCGCAACUCCGCAUGCAACUUGAAUCUGUUUACGAAGCUAUGGAAAGUGCGGGAGUCACUAUUACACAGAUGGCUGGGAGCUCAACAUCUGUGUUUUCUGGCGCGUGUUUCAGAGACUACCAUGAUAGCCUGAUGCAAGAUGUUAACAACAUCCCCCGGUACUUUCUAACGGGAAAUGGUGCUGCCAUGUUUUCCAACCGCAUUUCACACUUCUUUGACCUUCGAGGACCCAGUUUGACGGUGGAUACGGGCUGUUCAACUAGUCUGGUAGCUCUACAUCUGGCAUGCCAAAGUCUUCGGUUGGGAGAAUCGAAGAUGGCUGUAGUCGGAGGUGCUAAUAUCAUGUUGAAUCCGCACAUGUUUAUUUCUCUGUCAAACCUUGGAUUUCUAUCCGACGACGGAAAGUCCUAUUCGUUUGACAGCCGUGCCUCUGGCUAUGGGCGUGGUGAUGGGAUUUCCAGUCUCGUACUCAAGCCACUUGCCGAAGCCGUUCGCGAUGGCGAUCCAAUCCGGGCGGUCAUUCGGGAAACCGCUGUGAAUCAGGAUGGAAAGACUUCUACCAUCACAUCUCCAUCACGGGAGUCCCAAGAAGACUUGAUUCGCACUUGUUAUUCUCUCGCUGGAUUGGAUCCUUUAGAUACAGCUUAUGUCGAGGCUCACGGAACAGGAACGAUUGCCGGCGACCAAACAGAGUCAAAUGCAAUUGGUACAGUAUUUGGUGAACAUCGUUCUAUUGAUGACCCACUAUUUAUCGGUUCAAUCAAGGCAAAUCUUGGUCACCUGGAAAGUGCCAGCGGUCUUGCCUCCAUUAUCAAGACUUGCAUGAUGCUGGAUCGCGGCUUGAUUCCCCCCAGUGCAAACUUCGAUGUUCCAAAUUCAGCUAUCGACUUUCAUAAUCUUAAACUCAAAGCUCCCACUGAACUAACGACCUGGCCAAGCCACAAACCCCGACGUGUGUCGAUCAGCAAUUUCGGAUAUGGAGGUACAAAUGCUCAUGUGAUCAUUGAAGAUGCAUUUCAUUGCCGUCCAUGGGGAUCGAUCUCUGUUCAGCGUGGUGGACAUGGGGGCGUAGAGGUUAAUGGAUUGGCAGAUACUCUUAGUAACUUCACUCCUUCCUCCGACAAACACAACCGAUACAUAUUUGUGCUUAGUGCCAAAGAGGAAAGGAUUGCAAAGGAGAUGGUGGAAAACUUGAUUGGCUACCUCCAGAAAAUGCUAAGGACUUCCACAUGGAGCCUUGCUGAUCUUUCCCAUACACUAACGAAAAGACGUUCCGAUUUCCGAUGGCGAGUUGCUGUAUCAGCCAACACCUUGGAUGAAGCCAUGGAUGCUUUUGUGGAUACUCGAACAAGCCCAGUAUUAUCCUUGAACCCUCCUCGGCUGGGAUUUGUCUUCACUGGACAGGGUGCCCAGUGGUUUGCCAUGGGCCGGGAGCUGCUGUCAACCUAUCCAACAUUCUUGAGAUCACUGAAUGAGGCCGACUCUUGCCUUGGCAAACUGGGGGCUUCUUGGGGCCUUAACAACACAGAUGAACUGCUAAGGGACGAGAAGACUACCAAGAUCAAUGAGCCAUUUUUGAGUUUCCCGCUAUGUGUGGCCAUUCAGAUAUCGCUUGUUCGCCUUCUAGCAUCUUGGGGAAUCUCACCCACUGCUGUGACAGGUCAUUCUAGCGGGGAGAUUUCUGCUGCUUAUGCUGCCGGCGCUCUAACUUUUGAGGAGGCCGUGACCUGUGCUUAUUUCAGGGGCUAUCUUUGCAACCGUCUUCUAGAGGCUUCUGAUCGCCGUGGUGGUAUGCUCGCUCUUGGACAUGGAAAAGCAGUGGCUGGCAAGUAUCUACAGCGUAUCUCAUCCGGUAGAGCCACGAUUGCCUGUUUAAAUAGUCCAUCGAGUGUGACUAUCUCAGGGGAUAUCGAUGCAAUUGAGGAGAUUGAACGAAUGGCUGCAGCGGAUGAUGUUUUUGCUCGCCGGCUGAAGGUUGGAUGUGCCUAUCAUUCCCAUCACAUGGAUUCAAUGGCUUGCGAAUACGAAAGAAUACUGAGCCAGCACCUCCAAAUGAGUGGGAGCUUUGAUGGUAUCCUGUUCUCUUCGCCCGUCACAGGAGGUCUGCUCAAGUCUGCCUGCGAACUGGGCCCAGCACACUGGGUAGAGAACAUGGUAAAACCGGUCUUGUUCGAGGACGCCCUACGCGAAAUGAUUGUUGGAGGAGAAACAAGAGAGCAGAAUGUCGACAUGCUCAUCGAAAUCGGUCCACAUGGAGCAUUGGGUGGACCUAUUCGAGAGAUACUAGCUCUACCUGAACUGGAAAAUCUGGAUAUCCCCUAUGCUUCGUGCUUGUCUCGGGGGCAACAUGCUGUCAAGACGAUGCAAGGUGUUGCAUGUCUUCUAAAGAUGAGAGGUUACGAUGUGAAUAUAGAAACCGUCAGCUUUCCCAGCAGAUGCCAAGAACGUCGUGUCAUUUACGACCUGCCCGCAUACCCUUGGAACCAUUCUGUCGGCUACUGGUACGAGUCGCCGCUUCACAAGGAAGAGCGGGUAUGUGAGUAUGAGCCCCACGACCUCCUUGGAACUCGAGUCGUCGGAUCAGUCCCAACGGAGCCUACAUGGCGCCGCCGCAUCCGUGUCUCAGAGAUGCCAUGGCUGAGAGAUCACUUGCUCCAGUCUCAGAUGAUUUUUCCUGGUGCAGGGUUUGUGGCAAUCGCCAUUGAGGCAUUUUCACGAAUAUACCCAGAAGUGUCAGGCUCACAGGGUGGCUAUGAGCUACGAGAUAUCGAACUUUUAAAAGCUCUUCUUAUUCCCAAUACUACGGAAGGGAUUGAUCUCCAGCUACUCAUUCGAAAGGCCGGUGAUGAAAAUAUGAAUUUCAGGAAGGGAGACACGUUCCAUGUCUAUUCCCUCAACCCCGAAGGAUUGUGGACUGAGCACUGUAAAGGAUUUAUAUGCGCAAGCUCCGAUACGGCGAAACAAAUUGAUCAAUAUUCCUUGCUGAGCCAAGAGAGCAGCCAUGGCGGUCUCCAUUUGAGAAAGAUCAGCCCGAAGCAUUUCUACAGCUCGCUUCAAGACAUUGGCCCUACGUUUGGCCCAUUGUUUCAAAAUUUGCAGGACAUUCGGGCCACUAACUCAAUGUCCCUUGCCACUUUUUCCCUGCCGGAAAUAGCUUGCAACACUUCAUCAAAGCACAGAUCCGACCUUUUGAUCCAUCCCAUUACUUUGGACACGGCCUUUCAUGCGGUUUAUUCGGCUAUACCUCUCACAGAAAUGAAGCAGAUGGGCCUUACGAUCCCGAUCUUUGUCAAAAGCCUAUAUGUCUCCUCCGAAUUGGAAAAUAUUCCUCACUCUAUUUUCAAAACGUCAGUGCGUGUUACGAAGACAAAUGCCCAAGGGUUUGAAGCCUCACUGGACGUGACAGUAGAUGGCGCCACUCCGCCAACUGCCCUAAUCAAGGUUGAAGGGAUGUUGUGUCGGUCAAUUGACCGGGAAUCCGUUGACAAUCAUAAACUUGAUCCAACUCUUUGUUUAAAAACAACCUGGGGCUGUCAUCUUUCAUUUUUGACGAAGGAUGAUCUGCACUGCCAGCUUGCUACAACGAAGGACCCGAAGGAGUCAGUGAUUAUGGGGAACUUGGCCCGAGCCGUCUCUUACAUAUCACAAGAGGUUCUCCAAUCACUCACCGAAGAAGAUCAAUCCAAACUAGAGUGGCACCAUAAGCGCUUAGUUGACUGGAUGAAACACGCCCUCGAAUCAUCUCCUGUGGAAUGGAGUCUUUCGACCCCCGAGGAGAAGAAUUCCUUGCUUGAGGAAGUGUCACGCCAGAGUAUCAACGGAGAAAUGCUCUGUCGAGUGGGAGCUGAGAUGAUGUCGAUUCUCCGAAAGGAAGCCGAGCCACUCACCUUGAUGAUGGAAGAUAGCCUUCUUGAUCGGUACUAUGGGAAUGCAUUGAAGCUGCAUCGAUCCCUCAACCAGGUUGAGAAGCUGGUGACGUUGUUCGCUCACACCAACCCUCGGUCGAGAGUGCUCGAAAUCGGCGCAGGAACUGGCGUGUGCACCGCUCCUGUCCUCCGGGCGCUAGGUGCAGGCGACGAAAACAUGUCAAACCCCAAGCUCGCUCAGUAUGACUUCACCGAUAUCUCAGCAGGCUUCUUUGAGGCAGCACGAGAGAGAUUUGGGUUGUUGAAUGGGCGAAUGAACUAUCUGAAGCUCGAUAUUGAAGAAGACCCAGAGAGUCAGUCCUUUGGAAUCGGUAUUUACGAUCUUGUCGUGGCGUGCCAGGUUCUCCAUGCUACCAAGAACAUUCAAAGGACCAUGGAAAAUGUCCGAAAGCUCCUAAAGCCAGGUGGCCGCCUGAUCCUGGUGGAGAGCACACAAGACGAAGUGGACAUCCAAAUGGUUUUUGGAACUCUUCCAGGAUGGUGGUUGAGUGAAGAGCCCGAGAGAAUGCUUUCUCCAACGCUCACAGUCGAUGCCUGGACGUCGCAUUUCAAUAAAUAUGGAUUCGGAGGACUAGAUAUUGAAGUCGGCGACUGCGAGAACCGACAGGAGUAUGUUAUGAGUGUCAUGAUGGCGACUGCCAGCGUUGAGCCUGAGUCCCCACCCCGGGCCAAUAUCGCCGUUAUUCUUCCUUCGACGCAAGCACCUCCACCAGAAUGCAUAAAUAAUCUCAUUCAGUUGAUUCAAACAACGACCCUCUUGGAUUGUUCGGUUCAUUCAAUCGGCGAGCCCGAGAUCCGGGCAGAUGCUUUCAUAUACCUGGGCGACCUUGAUCAACCCAGUCUGAACCAAUUGACAGCAGAUGAAUUCCAUAAUCUCAAAUUCCUCAUUGGAGCAAUGCAAAGAACAGAAUACGAAUUUGCGGAGCGGAACGGUCAGAUUCUCGUGCCUCGAAUUUGCGAAGACCACGAGCAAAAUCAAGCUAUAGCAAAGCAGAUAUCGGAACCCGAGGCCCAAGUUCAAUGCUUCCACCAAGCAUCGACAUAUCUUCAACUAGAGGCAAAAUCCCCUGGCAGCCUGGAUAGUCUGGUUUUCAGCGGUGGACCCGAUCCACCACUUGCCCAUGGGAUGGUGGAGAUUAUACCACGCGCAUUUGGGCUCAACUUCCGGGAUGUACUUGUUUCCAUGGGCCAGAUGCAGGAAGAAUUCAUGGGUUUUGAAUGCGCAGGCGUUGUCACGUCGGUGGAUGAAGAUUCUACCCGCAAAUUCAGAGUCGGCGACAGGGUGUGUGCCUUGAUGACCGCAGGACAUUGGGCAAAUAGAGUGCAAGUUCCUUCGACCUCCGUCGCACAUAUGCCAGAUAACAUGUCUUUUGAAGCGGGAGCCUCGAUUCCGAUGAUAUACAUUACCGCCUAUCACGCCUUGAUGGAAAUCGCACAUCUUGAAAAGGGGGAGACGAUUCUGAUUCACGCCGCGGCAGGAGGUGUCGGUCAGGCCGCGAUAAAUCUUGCACGACACAUUGGCGCCGAGAUUUUUGUGACUGUCGGCUCUCCAAAGAAGCGGAACUUUGUGCACGAUAUCUAUGGGAUUCCUUUUGACCACAUUUACUCCAGUAGGGAUACUUCCUUCGCGCAAGGAAUCAUGUCAAUUACCAACGCCAGGGGAGUCGAUGUCAUAUUGAAUUCGCUGUCUGGGCAGCUCCUCCAGGCAAGCUGGGAUUGCAUUGCGAUGCUAGGCCGCUUUGUGGAGAUCGGGAAACGAGACAUACAGCAAAAUCGUCACCUUGAGAUGAUGAACUUCGGUCGCUCGGUUUCCUUCUGCGCAAUGGAUUUGGUGCAUCUUGGGACCCACAAAGGCGAGAAGGUUUCUCGAAUCCUGAGCACCGUACUUCGAAUGAUUGAAGACGGAGACAUCAGUCCAUGCACGCCGAUUACCACGUUUUCUAUUUCAGAUCUCCCUCAAGCAUUUCGCACCAUGCAAGCAGGGAAACACAUUGGCAAGAUCGUGGUCAAGGCGGAUACAGAAGAUCUGGUGAAUGUGAUUCCUCGGCGCGAUGGAAUUUCCUUUUCCUCAGACAGCUCAUACCUCAUAGUGGGCGGUUUGGGUGGCAUUGGACGUUCCUUGGCGCAGUGGAUGGCUCAAAGAGGAGCCAAAUUCAUUGUUCUAGCCUCAAGACAUGCUCAGAGUUCAGAUUUGGAUUCCUUCCUAAAAACCUUCCACGGGACAGGAACGGUUUGUGUGGCGCGGCAAUGUGAUGUUUCAAACGCAUCAGACAUCCAGCACAUGGUCCAACAGGCCGAGGACGAGAUGCCACCGAUAAGAGGUGUGGUACACGCGGCUAUGGUCUUGCAAGAUGCCUUGUUUGGAAAUAUGACCUACGAACAAUGGGAAUCGGGUUUGAGUCCUAAGGUGAUUGGCAGUCUCAACCUCCAUGAACAGUUUCAAAGUCCGGACCUUCAGUUCUUUAUUACCUUAUCCUCCGCGACCGGUAUCCUAGGAAAUACGUCCCAGGCGAAUUAUACCGCAGGAUGUACGUACCAGGACUCGCUUGCCAACUACCGUGCCGCCAGAGGGCUUCCAGGCAUAUCGAUAAAUCUCGGCAGCGUGAAGUCGGUUGGUGUCGCGGCUAACCUAGAAGGUGUUGCCGACCAUCUAGAGAGAGUAGGGUUCCGUGCCCACGAAGAAGAGGAGGUUCUGCGCCUCUUCCAGGCAGCCAUCCAUAGCCCACUGCGGAAACCAGGUUCGGCUCAGAUCUUGAGCGGCAUUGCACCAUUCUCGAAUCAUGAGGACAUUUCCUGGAGAAAGGAAGCUCGUUUUGCUGGCCUGUUGCGGUAUGAGAGCUCUGAUUUGGCUUUGCAAACACAUGGCACUAGCGAUAAUGUUUCGCUCGAAGACGGUUUGACUUCUAGCAGCUCACGGUCAGAUGCUGUGGAAUUGAUCAGUCAUGCCCUUUUAGUCAAGCUUUCCAGCAUGUUCAUGAUCCCAGAGUCAGACAUUAACAUUCAGUUGCCGUUGGCAGAAUAUGGUGUCGACUCCCUGGUCGCAGUGGAGUUGCGCAGCUGGAUUGUUCAAAGCACCAAGGCCGAUAUUAGUGUCUUCGAUUUAACUAAGAGUCAGUCACUCUCGGCAUUGGCUGGGACAAUAGUGGAUCAAAUUUGGUCUAAGAGGGAGUGA